CUUCUCUUCCUCUGCUGUCUCUGUCACACACACAUGCACACUCUCUCUGAAGGAGGAGUUUUUCUCUGAGAUUUUGCCAUUUAUUCAAGGGUCCUUUUGCUUUCGCCCUUCAUCCUCGAUAACCCCAUCUUCUCUUUAUUGCCUUUUCCCACACAAUCUCACGGCUGUGAUCUUCUCGUCCUUCCCUUCGUACGCCUACUAGGUCUCCCUCUUGUCAGCUCCUCUGUUUUGCAAGCAAUGGAGUCCAGCCAGAUUUCUGUGGAGAUUGUUGAGCUGCCGCUUGAAAAUCCAACUUUGGAGUCACCAGCCAAGGACGACACUAGUGAUAAUAAUGAGGUUGUGAGGUGCUCCUCGAUUGCUUCUUUACAAUGCACUCAAAGACCAUUUCGAAGACAAAGUAGCUUGUUAAAGGUUAAGACUAAGUCAAGGAUAAUGGACCAUACGGUUGGAAAUUUUGUGGAGGAAGAGGAGGAGCAGGAUCAAUUAGUCGAAAAGGAUGAGUUAGUCAAAGAGGACUUAGAGCGAAAAAGUCUAUGGGUUUUGUUCCAAUGGGUGGGUUUUGUUUUGAUAACAACGGCUUUUAUUUGUAGCCUUAGUCUUCCAAGUUUCAGAAAGAAAAAUUUAUGGAAACUUGAGUUAUGGAGGUGGGAAAUCUUGGUUUUGGUAGUUAUAUCUGGAAGGUUGAUAUCAGGUUGGAUUAUUAGAAUAAUAGUGUUUUUCAUUGAGAUGAACUUUCCGUUAAGGAAGAGGGUUUUUUACUUUGUUUAUGCAUUGAGGAACAUAGUUCAAAAUAGUCUGUGGAUGGUUCUGAUUUUGAUUGUUUGGCAGUACUUGUUUGAUAAGAAUGUUGCGAAGGAAACCGAUAGUAAUGCUCUUAGAUUUGUUACUAAGGUUUUAGUUUGUGUUGUGAUGAGUCUGGUGUUUUGGCUUGCGAAGACACUAUUGGUGAUGGUUCUUCCAUCAUCUUUUCAUAAGAGCACAGACUUUGAUAGGAUACUAGAUUCUUUAUUUAAUCAGUAUGUGAUUGAGGCACUUUCAGGACCACCUAAAAACAAAAAAAUAGAUGAAGAAGGGAAGGGAAUUGGAGGGAGUGGAAAAAUGAGGAAAAGUCCACAAGACAAAACCAAUACACCCUUUUGCUUGGCUUCUAGAAAGGGACAUAAAAAAAGUUGGCACAUGAGCAUUGAUGAGCUUCACCAAAUGAAUCCUAAGAAUAUAUCUGCUUGGAAUAUGAAGGAGCUACUGAAUAUAAUUCAGCAUGGUCCAUUUUCUACCUUGGACAAGCAAAUAGAAGAUAGCAAGUCAACUAAAAUUAAAACCGAAAAUGAGGUGGAAAACGCAGCAAAAAGGAUAUUUGAAAAUGUUGCUAAGCCUGGAAUUGGGUACAUUGACUUGGAGGACAUUGAGAGAUUCAUGGGAGAAGAUGAGGCCCGGAAGACUAUGAGACUCUUUGAAAAAGGAUCUGAAAGCAAGAGAAUUAGCAAAUUAGCAGUGGAGAAUUGGGUGGUUAAUGCUUUUUGGGAAUGGAGGGUUCUUUCCUUGACACUGAAUGAUACCGAGACAGCUGUUAAAAGACUUCAUCACGUGGUAAAUGUCUUGGUCAUUAUCAUCAUAGCAGCCAUAAGUCUCCUUAUAAUAGGAAUAACAACUGAGAGAGUCUUUCUCAUGGUUAGCACUCAUGUUCUUUCGCUUGCUUUCAAAUUUGGAGACACUUUGAUCUUCAUAUUUGUAACUCGUCCAUAUGAUGUUGGUGACCGUUGUCAAAUUGAUGGCGUUCAAAUGGUAGUGGAAGAGAUUGGCAUCUUGAACACUAUUUUCUUAGGACAUGACAACGGGAAGAUCAUAAUCCCAAAUAGUGUCCUUGCUAGAAAACCCAUCUGUAACUUUUAUUCAAGCCCUGACAUGGGAGAUGAAAUUGAGUUUUGUGUCCACAUAGCUACUCCAGUGGAAAAAAUUGAUAUGAUGGAACAAAAGAUACUAAGGUAAGUUUGCCUGCUUGCUUGCUUGCAUGUGGGUUUGUGGGCACUCAUGGGUAGGCAUAAAUUUCCUUUGGUUAAAUGUCAAGUUUAAGAGGAUUUCAUUUUGUUGUAGAUAAAUUUAGAGGUUAUUAGAGAAAUGUUUCUUCCUUUCAAUGUGAUGAUUUUCUGGAAUUAGCUUAAAUAUUGCCUGUGUUGGUUUAAGGAUGAGAUUAUAGUAUUAUAUACUAUCAAGGGAACUUUUAUAUUCCAUGUAUUAUUGUAUUGAUCAAAGACAAGUCAAGGGCUUCUUUUGUCUAUUAACUUAGUGUCAGUUUUAUCUCUUACAUAUCGUAAAGUUAGCUGUAAAUUUGCUUCUACUACUCCUUUAUUGGGGCUUCUUUUGUCUAUUAACUUAGUGUCAGUUUUAUCUCUUA